AGUUACUUAUUUAACUUCCUGUGCAAAUUCUAUCAAAUCUAAUUGCAACAAGUUACAACUGCACGGUAGUCACUAAUGUUCUUUGCUCUUGUGCAAGUUGAUUUUGUCUCGCUUAUUCCGCUUCGUUCGUUUCGCUCGCUUGAUUUCGCUCGUUUCGGUGGUUUUGUUUGGUUGUUUCGGAUUCUACAUGCAGUACAUGCCAUGGAACUGGCGUACUUCUGACAUGUUGGUUUAGCUUGGUUUCCUUGCUUUACUUUUAAAGAGGUUUCGAUAGUGUUCACUAGUGCGUCCUUAAGUUACUUCGCCUGUAACUCCACAUUUUCAUACAAGUACAAAUUUUUUGGCCAGCAGCCGGACCUGUUGUCGACUGCCAGAAUGCCUCAAAUUCCAUAAGUUUGCACUGAUUCGAAAAUCAUUAUCUUAAAGGUGACACAAUCAAUUUCCUGGAAAUAUAACAAAGAAGCCGGAAAUCCUUGUUGUCUGAGGAUAAAAUUUAUCAGUACAUGUACUAAUACUGUCAUAAUAUGUCCGAUGCGCUCGAGUAUACAUAUACCACGUCUCGUGGAAUCCGUUCCCUGCUAGAGAUGUAACACACACAUGAAAGAAACCGAAAACAAACCAAGGGAAAAUUCCCUCGGAUGAAAAUUGGAGGGGGGAGAGGGGAGGGGGCUCAUCAUUAAGCCGAGCACAUACCUCUACUAGUAUUUCCCAAAAUGUGUUUUGCGUUGUUCGUUUGCACAGACAAACUUCUUUGCGAUGUCUACAGUGUUCAAUGUGUUCGUUAUAGACUUAUACAAAUGCAGGAGGAGGCAGCUGUUUAGACGGUCCUGCUUCAUGACGCUUCUAAGGCGAUAAACAAUACGUCAGUGAAGAAAAUAGAGACUGUCAGGAUCAAGAGUUUCAUAUCCCUACACGGAAACCAUGUCUCGUCAUCUUGCUGGCUCUGCAAUUGCACAGGGACCCAAUGUUGGUCGGAUUGACCGGUGGCUACAGUGGAAACCAACUUCUAUGAAAACCCAGUGGUUGCUUCUCUCAGGUGCUUCAGAUCCUCCAAGCCGCAUUAGUAUUUCUGAUAGAAGGACCAAGAAUGCUCCUGGAGUCAAAGGCGGCACAUUUCUUGCCGGUGUUACCCAUGAUUUAGCGAACAUGGAAGCUGCAGUUGGAGCUAAGUUGUUCAACACUGUUAAAGAUCUUUAUCAAACCAAGUCCGCAGCCCUUAGUCAUAUUCGGAGACUUUUUGAAACAUGCAAACUGCUUGGGCUUAAACCUAUGUUGUACUACACUGGGCAUGGAGAAAUUGGGACUGGAGACUGGUGCUUUGCUGAUGGGACAAUCAGCAUUGAAGAAAUUCUUGAUAUCCUUCCUGAACGAACACUUUUGCCGAUGAUCUUCAGCGAUGCUUGCUACAGUGGCCACUGGGUAAAUUUCUGCCUUGAAGAGGACAUCCCAGGAUUCCACUGCCUGGCAGCAUGUCCGGAGUAUUCUAAAGCUUUUGAUGCCAAAGGCGAAGGUGGAGAUUUGACUUUGUUCAUGACUGGAAAGAAACCAUGUCCUAGAACUGAACCUAUGUACAGUGGAGGAAACAGGAGCGAUUUUCCGAUUACGAUUGGCUAUGACUCAGUUGAGUACAUUGAUUUGAUCGGCAGCCAUGUAACUGAAUAUGAUGAAAAUAUUUUGAUCUGCCAAAGUUUCCAUAAAGGAUGCUUUAUUGGAUGUUUUGCACCUUCAGAAAGGUACAGUCCAACGUUCGCCGUUUCCUGGACGAUUCGAAAGGACUAUGAUUCCUUCCUUGAGCUGGUCAGAAAAACUUGGAAAGGGAAGAAUGGUACGUCAGAACAAAUAUAUUCUCUUACUUGCGAUGAGAAUUUAGGAUUUGGAGUAUUUUUCAUGCAAAAUUAUGGCAGGGAUCAAUGUAUUGUAACGAACUUAUCUCAUAUAUAUGAGAGAUGGAAAGAGGGCUUUGAAAUCACGUCAUGUGCUGCCUGGGGUUCAAAUAUUUAUAUUAUUAUGACAAAGGACACAGAGGAAUACCGUGGCAGACAUCAGAUAUGGUUCAUUAGUUAUACCUGGUGGGAGACAUACAGUAAAAUAAAUGCACAGUCCAAAGUGGGAUACACUGUAACAGGUAUAUGUUACUGCACUGGACUGAGGCAGUAUUUUGUUGUAAUGACAAACAUACCGGAGGUCCAGAGCAGCCACUAUUUUGAUGACACAACUGCAGUAUUCAACUGGAUGAAUGAGCAACAUCAUGUGGGAUAUCAUCCAACAGUCAUCUUCAUGGAUCCAACUCUUGAUAAAACUCUUGUUGUAAUGACUACAGAUGAAAAUAGAUCGAGCUAUGAGUUUAUAUUUGACUGUAAACUUAAGUAGGCUGUUACCUUCCUUAGUUUAAAAAGCAGUUCCAAGAGUAUUUUUGUAUUACGACGGAGGUGUUUGAAGAGCAAAAGUGAUAUACCCCUCCGCACUGAAAGUUCAAAUUUCGGGUUAAUUUUGAUAGUUAAAGUUACAUAUAUAUAUCUGAUGGAUAUUCCAAAAACAUGCCCGUAGAUUUUAACCCCAUCAUUCAUGCAACCUGCUACCGGUAUUUUGUUUUUUCUUUUGUUUUGUUUUUGCUUCCUAAUGGCAGCAGCUUGUAAAGCUCACCAAGCACGAAAUGUAGAGAAUUUCUUGGGCUGAGCAUGUUUCAUUUGUUUCACCAUUUUUGUUAUUACGAGACUUUAGAUUUGAGUACUAGUACGAGGUCGAGUACGACAAGGACUUUUCAAUUCUAAUUUCCAGGCUCCACAUUAUCCCAUGAGCUACCCUCUCUAUCUAAAACAGACACGAAGAGCGAGGGCUCUGGAAACGUCACUGGUUUGAAAUUCGAAAAUCGCACUCGUACUCAAUCUCGUACUCUGUAGUCCAAUCAAAAGGUCCCUAUUAUUAUUAUUAUUAUUAUUAUUAUUAUUAUUCUUAUGAUUAUCAUCAUCAUCAUUAUUAUUUUUAGUAUUAUUUAUCGCUACCCUCCUCAUAUUUCAAUUGGUGUUUAGUUUAGCCCAGGCUACACUCGUCUGAAUUUUAGUUUGCACGGUGACUUGUGGAAGGAGCUGAUCUCAUUAGCUUUUUAAAACUUCCGUCUAAAGGAAGCCUGCCGGAGGACAUUAUGCCAUUAAGUCCAAUGAACGUGCAAGUCUAACGAUUUGCUAGCAAGCGUCGUCCAUUAUCGUACUUGAAACGGCCCUGAGACGGUAACGGGUCGCCAUUUAGUCCGAGGGGGGGUACUCCCAGAAAAAUUUGGUGAGGCUGCGCGG